AUGCUGUUCCUGCUAGGGGCACUUGCUGUUCAAGUAAAUGUAAAUUGUAACUUUCAGAUGAUCAGCACUACAAAAUAUAUCGCCAAAGCGUGCUGGCCAUUUGCAACGCGGCGAGCAACAUUGGCGUACCAAGCAAAUUGCCGUAAUACUUACAACCAGUCAAGAAAUACAAAUAUUCCAACAUGUCAAAUUAUUUGUAAAAGGAGUAUAGCGUCACUACAAGAGGAGUUUUAUUCAAAAUUUCAAGCACUUGAUCCUAAAAGAAACUUAAACAAUGACGUUAAUAUACGCAACCCCCGGCAAUUUGAUUUUCUUAAUUAUUUUUCAAGAACUUGCUCUAUCUACAAUCGCGACGAUUGGCCUAAGAAAAAACCAAAAAGACGGAUCCCAAAGCUUAUAUUAGUACAAAAUCCUUUCACUUGGCUCAUGACCAAGGUUGAUUUUUGUGUACUUAGGCAUGUUUGGGAUCCAGAGUUUAAAGAAAAAGAAUUCAAAUUUGGUUCUAAGCAGGCAAUUGCUCGCGUGACUGAAGCGAUUAGUGGCGGUCAGUUCCACGAACUAAACGGGCUUCUCACAAAGGCAGCUCGCCUGAGCCUACUCCGAGAUAUAGAACGGAAUUGGAGUGAUAAGCAAAGAGAGCUACUAGCCCUUAAUAGAAACGAUAUACAAAUAUCAUCGCCACGAAAAGUAUAUUUUAUAAAGAUAGCUGAUAAAAAAUUCUGCGACGUGGAUAUGGCAUUCCUAGCUUUGAAAUGGACACCGAUAAAUAAUGUUGAUGUCCUGCUGUUCACCGAGAUAUUUGCACGGUUCCAUAGGGAGUACACGCCGCAUUGCAUACCGGAAUGGACGAUUGCUUAUUUCAAAGUCACCCGUUUUGAAGUCAUGCGACGAUAAAAUUUUAUAAUGAAUAGCAGUCGCGUAGCGUAGACAAAUCUAGCAUCAAUAUACCAUUUUCGAGGAUUUUUAACCGACGAAAAAAUUUAUUUUUUGAGAAAUUUAAUUUUAGUGAUACUUUAUUUUAAAAUGAUCAUGUCUCACAAUAAUUAGUUUCUCUGAAUCUAAAAUAAAAUUGAAAGUAUUUAAAAAUUAAAAAAGUAACAGUUUAUUGUGACACAGUUUACUAAAUAUUAUAUAUUUGCACUAAAUAUUAGAUAUUUGCACUAAAUUCUUGGGGGUUGUGAAUCCGCGCAGGCCCCUUUAUGUACGAGGCCGUGGGCGACCGCCCUAUUCACUCACUCGCUACGUCACUGAUGAAUAGUUUAUAGAUUCCGUUGCUAGUAGUUUCAGUUCCACACUCUGAUGAUGAUUCCUCCGUUUCACUCCGAAAAGCACCCUAAGGAGAUUUUUACUCAAUAUAAAUAUACAAUUAUAUUUUU